AUGGAAUGCUGGGAUGAAACUUACACAGAGGAACAAUGUUGCAAUCUGGUGCAUGGUCCAGAAGGAGACCCCAACUGCUGGGGAGAUUCACAGUACAGCUUCGACUACUGUUGCAACCCACCCUCAAGUUCCAGUUUCGCAGAUCUGCAGCUGGAAAGCUGGAGAGGCACCGGCACUGCCGCAGAAUGUUGGGAUGAAACUUACACGGAGAAGCAAUGUUGCAAUCUGAUGUAUGGUCCUCAAGGAGACGCCAACUGCUGGGGAGAUUCGCAGUACGGCUUUGACUACUGUUGCAACCCACCCUCGAGAUCCGGUUUGGCAGUUCUCCAGCACCUGGACAACUGGAAGGCAACCGGCAUGCUGUCGCUACCUGGUGUCUCAGAAGCCGACAUGCGAACAUGUGUGCUGGCUAUGGCGCUCUAUUCAAGCAAGUGCAUACCUGUGAUGUUCAAGGCGCUUCAGGUGUCUUUGGAUAAGUCCAGAGUCAUACAACGCAUUGGCCGACUCUGCGUGCAAGACCCAUGCACGCGUGAUGUGCUUGAAAAGGUCUUCGUUCCAGAGGAGCUGCAGAAGCGAGGAGAGCUGAUCAAUGGCACUUUCGUCCAGGCGCUGGUAUUUUCAAGAGCGUACAUGACACCCCUGGACUGGUCUUACCUUGCUCCCUUCAUUCCCUUAAUCUGCCUUGCCCCUUUUGCUUGGCAAUGGCAAUUGAAUCGCCCGAAGAGAACCGCUUCAAGAGAGAUAGUCUUGGAUCUGGCACGGCUGGCGGCCACCAUCUGGACACUGAUCUGGCAUGCGGAACAAGCUUUAACUUGGAGAGGGAAUUCUGGCAGAGUGGCACGAUACAUGGCGACGACAUUGGGGAAUGGAGCCUUCAUCGCCAUGUCAGCGAUCUUGUUAGAGGAGCGCUACUGCCGGAGGACAAUCAAGUCGCUGCCUUUGACGCUCCUACAACGAAUGGUUCGAGUCGGGAGCAUCUUAGCCUUGAACGCGGCUCUCGUGACCACGGUCGCGAUUCUUCGCGCAAACGAAAUGGACCUGAUGAUGCACAGCCCCCAGCAUGAUGACCUGAUUCCUGACAAGAAGUUGUUCUACAAGAACAAUCUUCUCGAGCCCUGCUGCAAGAGCGUGGUGGAAAACGGCCUCUUGACCGAUCUCCGAGGGAGGUCCUUCCUGCAUCUGGCGGAGCCUCCUCUCUGCAACAGUGGCACCUGGUUCUUCUACUACGAGCUGCGAGCCUGGUUCAUCGGGAAUCUGGUUUUAGCCUUUCCUUACUGCUCUUACAGCUUGACGGCGCUGGUGCCUCUUGCCAUCCUUGCCUCCAUACCCUGCGAGUUGACCUUCACAGGUCGCAAGCCUGCGAAAGAGAACUUUGGGCAUCUCCCAUCGUUCCUCCUGGAGCUGGCGGAUUCUGGGCUGAAGCUGGUUCCCUCCUACAUCUUGAACCUGGCCCUGGCCAGACUCCUGAGGCACAGGAGGAAAAAGCAAGCGAUACCGAUGCCCGCCGCUGCUCUUUGCUCUGUGGGCUCUUUGCUCGGUCUUCUUGCCUGCGCCUUUUUUCCCAUCCCCUUUGCGCAGACCCCGGGCUACCAGAGCCUCCUUCUCCAGCUUCUCAUCGAGCCCUUUCGAGGAGAGUGUUUGCCCAAGCUGCAGAGGCUGGGAGGCUGGGGACUUUUUGCCUGGAUCGCCUGGAUCGCUGACCGCGUCGACGUCCUGCUGGUCUUCAACUUCCUGGUCUACGUCAUUUUGGGGACUUAUCAGAACCAGGUGCUGCAAGUUCGAUGCCUGGAGAUCCUUGGCAUCUCGGGGGCACUCUUGGCAUUUGGGCUCCUGGCGCAUUACCUGGUCCAGUUGCCUGCCAUCAUGAUCUGCUCGCACUUCUGCAAAGUCUGCGAAGUCUCUGCGAACUGGCUUUCCAGCACUCUUGUGCGCAAAGCAGCCGAAGCAUGCAUCAUCCUAGGUGGCUUCCUUCACUUAGCUUGUGCUAGAAAGUCCAAAUCGGAUUCGGAGCUACUAGUAGCUAGUACAACCGACCCUCAGCACUGA